AUGGGCCCCCGAAAUUCAGGUAAAUUUCACGGCAAGCACAAUUUUAAAGGGCAAAUGCCCUCGAAAUUCCCUUUGCCUCUUGCGAUGUGGGAUUUCGGUCAUUGCAAUCCAAAUGCUUGUUCCGGGAAAAGGUUAGAAAGACUUGGUUGCAUACGGAGUUUGCGAAUUGGUCAAAAGAAUAAGGGAGUCGUGGUCACACCAAACGGCAAAUCGCCAGUUUCACCCGCUGAUCGAGUAUUUUUUGACAAUGGCGGUGCGAGUGUCGUCGAAUGUUCUUGGGCUAAAAUUGAUGAAAUCCCCUUUUCAAGAAUUGGAGGCCGUUGCGAACGACUAUUACCCUAUUUGGUUGCUACAAAUCCUAUCAAUUAUGGACGGCCUUGGAGGUUGAAUUGCGCAGAAGCAUUGGCAGCCUGUAUGUAUAUCGUUGGGUACAAGGAUGAGGCUCGAUUGCUGAUGGAGAAUUUCAAAUGGGGCCAUGCUUUUUUCGAUGUAAAUGAAGAGCUUUUAGAUAUUUAUGCUGAUUGUAAAGACGCCGAUGAGAUUCAAAUAAAACAAAAACAGUAUUUGGAAGAUAUGGAAGCAUCUUAUCGAGAGCAAAGAAAUACAGAUCAAGGGGAUAUUUGGACACAAGGAAAUUUGAAUCACAAACCAGUCGUCGCUGACAAUGAUACAUCCAGCAGUUCCUCAGAUGCAGAGAGUAAUGAAGAAGUAAAUGCUGUAAAGGAACCUAUACAAAACUCUGAAGAUUCACAACAAGAUGCAAAUGAAGAAGAAGACGAUGAUCUUUGGAGAAAUGUUGUUCGAAUGAAGCUAAAAACAUAA